CGCGUCUUCGAUAUCUCAUCUCGCCCCGGUACCUCACGAGAAUCCCGCGCGAAGCACACCCGUAGGGAACAUCUCACAUAUACGGGGCAGGCUCCUGACCGACCCGUCCGAUCGCGAGCCCACACCGUGCACUCGCUAUACCAAUCCCCAAGGAGCACGCCCGCGAUGGCGAGCGCGACCACGCGCAGAGCCGUGAACGCUCCGACCUCCCGCAUGGCGCACGCCACUCAGGACCGCACCCGACGAACCGAAUUUCGUCGCUUAUAUGCGCCGUAUCUCGAGCGAUGAGGGGUGUGUCGAGCCCCUCGUGCUCGAAUAGGAACGAUGCGCCUCUUCCGUGCCCUCGCGACGCUAGCCACGUUCGGUGCCGCUCUCGCUAUCCCGUCCGUCCACCGGCGUCAUGUCGUGCACGAGAAACGCGCAGCGGAGCCAUCGCCUGAACACUGGCUCAGCGCGCGCCGCGCAGAUCCGGCCGCGGUGCUACCUAUGCGCGUCGGCCUCGCGCAGCGCAAUCUUCACCUACUCGAGGACAUGUUGAUGGAGGUCGCGCAUCCGGAGAGCGACAACUACGGCAUGCAUUGGACUCCGGCUGAGGUCGUUGACUUCUUCAAACCGGCAGAGGACACCGUUGAAGCGGUCAAAACUUGGUUGACGGAGUUUGGCAUCGCACCAGGCAGGAUGAAGAUGAGCCCGAGUAAGGGAUGGUUGGAGUUCAACGUCACCGUCGCAGAGGCGGAAGAUCUCCUUCAGACGGAGUACCACGUCUAUACCCACUCUUCCGGCCUCGAACAGAUCAGCUGCCCCUCCUACUCCGUCCCAGAGCAGAUCCGGGAACACGUUGAUUUGAUCACGCCCACCGUCCACUUCAACCAUGUCAUGCGUUCCGAGCCCCUGCACAAGCGCUCUGGAGAUGGCUCGCGCAUGGGCCAGCCGUCAGCGCACACGGGCCCGAAGACGAACGGUCAGAAAGUCAAGAUCACGCCGAACCUGGCGACGUGCGACCAGUUCAUCACGCCAGAUUGCUUGAGGGCGUUGUAUAACGUGCACUAUACGCCGAUCGCGACCAAGAAAAACUCGUAUGGAAUUGUGGAGUUUACGCCGCAAGCAUUCCUUGCCGAUGAUUUGGACCUCUUCUUCACGAAUUUCUCCCCCAACGCUCUGGGGAAGAGGCCGAACCUCAUUUCGAUCGAUGGAGGUGUCGCGCAGACUCAAGACCAAAGCUUCAACUUCAAUGGCGAGAGCGAUCUCGACCUCGAAUACGCCAUGGCACUCACAAACCCGCAACCCAUAACUCUUCUGCAAGCCGGUGACCUUGUUGAAGGCGCAUCCUUCAACAACUGGCUCGACGCUGUCGACGCAUCUUUCUGCACCUUCGAGGGCGGCGACGACCCGACGCAGGACGGGAUCUAUCCAGACCCUAUCGGUGGCGCAGGCGCAUUCGAAGGACCCGAGUCGUGCGGAAUCAUCAAGCCUCCGUUUGUAGUCUCCGUCUCCUACGGCCAGUCCGAGCACUCCGUCACGUCCGCCUACGCGCAACGCCAAUGCGCCGAGUACGGCAAGCUCGGGAUGCUCGGGACUAGCGUACUCUACUCCUCCGGCGACAACGGCGUCGCGAGCUUUGGGAACACGUGCAUCAACGCGACGGACCAGGAGGACCCGAACGGAACGCGGUUCAACCCAGGGUUCCCGGUGACGUGCCCGUUCGUGACGGCGGUCGGCGCGACUCAGGUGAACCCGAAUGCGACCGUGAACGACCCAGAGAGCGCAUGCGAGCAGGUGAUCUUCAGUGGAGGUGGAUUCUCCAACAUCUUCGCCAUGCCCAAAUAUCAAGAAACGGCCGUCAAGAGCUUCUUGAAGAACCACCCGCCGCCGUACACGGCUGCCCAAUUCAACAACUCGGGGGUUGUCAGGGCCUUCCCGGACCUCAGCGCCAACGGCGCCAACUACGUAAUCGGCAUCGAUGGCGAGUUUGAGCUCGUCUUCGGCACAUCCGCUUCGAGUCCUGUCGUAGGGUCCCUCAUCACGCUCAUCAACGACGCUCGCCUCGCGAUCGGCAAAGGACCUGUCGGCUUCAUCAACCCAGCUAUCUAUACUGAUGCCUUCAAGAUUGCUUUCAAUGACAUCACCACGGGAGGCAACCAGGGUUGUGGUACACCGGGCUUCGAGUCAACGACCGGAUGGGAUCCUGUCACAGGUGUCGGCACACCUAACUUCGAACGCCUCCUCGCCCUUUUCUUGCUCCUUCCUUGA